AUGGCGGAAUCACUGCAACCUCGCCAAGCGCAGACAUCCGUGGCAGACACUACCUCUAGCACUACCUCUGGCACUACCUCUGGCACUACCUCUGGCACUACCUCUAGCAUUACCCCCUCUGGCACUACACCCUUGGGAACUACCCGUUCACCAUCUGCUUCCUCAUCAGUGACACCAGUCAAGACUACCUCUUCUUCGGUCUCCCAGCAUACUCCGACCGCUACCAGCCAUCCAAGCUCAGGUCAUGGAGUCAGUAGUGGUGCUUUGGCAGGUGCAGUAGUCGGAUCCAUUGCUGGAACCGUCAUCAUCGCCCUCCUCGCCGCUUGGCUCUUUUUCCGGUCCAGACGUAAUGCUCCUCGCCGAGCGAGCAAUCUUCGAAACCCUGAUCGGGAUGGCGUAGAACUGGCAAAAUCACCAGCGACCGUUCAAGCUCGUCCGAUUCCCGCUUUGUUCGCUGUGGGAGCGGAAAAAAGCUCGUCUCUCGACUUGGCUUCAUUCAUCCCACCACCUGCCGACGAUCGAACCGUGAGUUCUCGCAUCCAAACCCUUUUCGAUCACAUCAGCCUGCAUGUGGACAACUACUACGCCCCCGACAGUGGCGAUAGCGCCCAGCCCUCCGCGGCAGAGAUUCAAGAAAUGGUUCGAUACAAUCUUCCAUUCCUCUCUGGCCCGCUGGCCGCUACCUUGGCGAACCGUCGCGCCCGACGAGCGGCAUUGACCAAAAUCCUUGCUCGUACAUUGCUAGAGGCUAUCCAGCCUGGUGGAUCGCUCUAUCCACCCUUUCAAGCUACUUACGAGGGAGAAAUCGCUCACCCAUCCACAGGAGCUGCGGUACCGAGUGACAAUGCGGCUUUUGCGUGGCGUAUGCUCACGUCCCACCUGCAUGCCGAGUACCUCGACACCUCGUCUCCGACGGCACAGAGGAACAUCGCUGCUCUUGUGGAAGACUUCUCGCGGACGUUCGCAGCGUUCCAUAACCCACAGUUCUCUGAUCCGGAUGUCCGCCGCCAUCUGAGAAGCGUGGUGAAGGAAGCCGCUGAUCUGGGUGUCUGGCUGUUCGCUCAGCCGUGCUUCUUCGAGUUUGUCUGGGGGGAUGCACAGCCGCAAUCCAUCGCAACCCUACCAGCAGUGGUCAAGGUCAGCGACGAACAGGGGCAACGACUAGCUACGCCUCAGAAGAUAGUGGAGGAAACGAUCGCGCAGCUUUGACAUUCAACACGAACAUCUUGGUAAACUGUAUCUAGCUAUCAUAAUUACACCGCACCUGCAAGUCAUAGAAGCCCCAUUAGCCAUACCACAUGCAUCAACCU